AUGUGGCUUUUCUUUGUUAUUUUUGCUUUAUUUGGGUCAAUAACGUUAAGUUUAGAUACAUGGCAACGUUAUCAAGAUAAUCCAAUUGUUAUUUCAAUGGAACGUGAUAAAUUUAGUUGGAAUACCUCUUUUCCUGCUGCAACAAUAUGUCCGGGUUAUAAAAUUAAUGAGAAAAAGUUAAAUGAGGAUAUUGGGCAGUUUAAAUUUACUGACAAUGAGAAAGCAAUGGAAUUUAUAAAUGCCUUAGCUUUGGCCAAUUAUAGCACAUUCAAAGAUUUACCUGAAUUUGAUGAAAUUGAUAGUUCAGAUUAUAUAAAAAUUCUGAUGGAAUAUGCUUUUAUUUUUGAGCCAUCUGUAACAAAUUCAGGUACAAGUGGUGUUGAAUAUUUUCUAGAGAAAAUUAUUACUGAAAUGGGUGUCUGCUAUAGUUUUAAUUCGAAAUUAGCUAAAUAUUCGACUAUGUCCUACUGGAACUCAAAUCAAUGGAGCGUAGUUCCUGUAAAUGAAACAUUUUAUGUUCAUCCGUUAGAUGGUGAAGUAUUUACAAACGUUGUAAACAUGUCUACAGGUUUUUCUAUUUACAUUCAUGGCCCUGAAGAAACAGUUGAUAUUACUAGUGCAAACAUAUUUUCUGAAAAUGGUUUCUUUUUGCAAGUAUAUUUAUCUGCACUGACUUUAUUUACAAGCUACGCUGCUGGAAAUUUAAGUAUACAACAAAGAAAAUGUCGAUUUUCAUAUGAAUCAAAUUUAGCACAUAGUCCAGUUUAUAGUUACACUUUGUGCCGAAUUGAAUGCCGAAUUCAAUUAUGUUUAAAAUUAUGCGGAUGUAUUCCUUAUUUCUACAGACCACGAGCUGGAGAAAGAAUAUGUGACGUAAAAGGAUUACGUUGUUUAUCGAAUUAUGCUGAUAUGCUUAUAACACUUCAUAAUGAAAAUGCACUGGGAGACUCACAAGAUCUAUGCCAAUGUUUACAAAAUUGCGAUGAAGUCUCUUAUGUUGUUGAAUUUAUGGAAACACGAGAAUGGUUUUUGGGAUCAAAUUUACAAUGGGGUUUAAAAGAAUAUCCACGAAUGCGUUUAAAACGUGAUGUGUUAUUUGCCUUUAUCGAUGUACUUGUAUAUGUUGGCGGAAUGGCUGGAUUGUUUUUGGGUUGUAGCGUAUUAAGUUUCGCUGAAAUUUUUUACUUUUUAACUAUACGUUUGUAUCGGUUUAUUAUAGAUUAUCGAAAUGAGAAUAAAACAAUUCCAAAAAAAUAA